AUGGUCAGCUCCUGUUGUGGCUCUGUCUGCUCUGAGGAGGGCUGUGGCCAAGGCUGCUGCCAGCCCAGCUGCUGCCAGACCACCUGCUGUAGGACCACCUGCUGCCGACCCAGCUGCUGUGUGUCCAGCUGCUGCAGGCCCAGCUGCUGUGUGUCCAGCUGCUACAGACCACAGUGUUGCCAGUCUGUGUGCUGCCAGCCCACUUGCUGCCGUCCUAGCUGCUGCAUUUCUAGCUGCUGCAGACCCAGCUGCUGUGUGUCCAGCUGCUGCAGACCCCAGUGCUGCAUCUCUAGCUGCUGCCGCCCCACCUGCUGCAUUUCUAGCUGCUGCAGGCCUUCUUGCUGCCGUCCCAGCUGCUGUGUGUCCAGCUGCUGCAGGCCUCAGUGCUGCCAGUCUGUGUGCUGCCAGCCUACCUGUUGCCGCCCCUGCUGUGGUAGUUCCAGCUGUUGUGGAUCUAGCUGCUGCCGCCCCAGCUGCUGCAGGCCCAGCUGCUGUGUGUCUAGCUGCUGCAGACCCCAGUGCUGCAUCUCUAGCUGCUGCCGCCCCAUCUGUUGCCAGACCACCUGCUGCAGGACCACCUGCUGCCGCCCAGCAUGCUCUAGUGGUUCUUGCUGCUGA